CUCAAUUAUUUUCCCCAUUUCCUCUCCCCUUGUUCCCCACAGCAAAAAUCCCCAAACUCGCCGCCGGCCGGGGAGACGGCCACAGGCGGCGUCGCCCCUGCGUAGUACCAUGGAGAGGACCACCGCAGACCCAAGAUCGGUGCGCCGCCACCUCUCCUCUCCCGGCGUCGCCCUCCCCGAGGAUCUGAUCGUGGGGGAGAUCCUCGUCCGGCUUCCGGCCAAGUCGCUCUUCCGGUUCCGUGCGGCCUGCCGCUCCUGGUGCAACCGCACCUCCACGCACCAGUUCAUCUCCUCCUUCGGCCGCAAGCUUCCUCUCGUCGGUCUGUAUUCGAACCCCCUGAAAAGCUUACACGACAAAUCUGGCCUCGAGUGUGUGGAUGUUCUUGCCGCCGCCAACAACCUCAGAUCUGUCCUCACUUUUGAUUGCUACUCGAACUGGCUCUGCGCUUCCUUGGAUGGCCUCUUGUUGGUGUCCUACGGCAAUGGUCGCCACAUUAUCUGCAACCCUGCCACCCGGCAAUCGAUCCCGCUCCCUCAGCUCACCGGAGGAGUCGUUGCAGGCUUGUACUCGUCGCCCACCGCCGACAGGGGCGUGGAGUACCGUACUCUGUUUUCCAAGGGAAGACUCCCCAUAUGCAAUCCCAAGUACUACAUCCUCACCGUCGGCUCACCAAUGGAGCCCAGACCCGUCCAGCUGCCUGAGGAACCCGACAAUCUGAAGAUAGCGUUGCUCCACGGCAUCAACGAUCCCACUCCAAGCCUGUGCCAUCGGCCAACAGUUAUGCUCAACAGCUGUCUUCACUGGGUGCCAGAGUCAUGCCGUCAUGACAAAGUGGUUGUUUUCGAUACGGUGGCCGAGUCAUUCAGAUCCAUUCAAUCUCCGACUGCCGCCCAAGAAAAUACUCGCUUGUUUGAGAUGGGCAGUCAGCUUGGCUUCAGCUUGUACAAUGGCAGAAGUGAUACAGUGAGCAUUUGGUCCCUGCAUGAUUACAACAAUGAGAUCUGGGCGCUAAGGCAUUCCAUUAACUUGUCGAUGGUGGUCACAUCCUCGAUGAGAAGUUACAUGAUUCUCUCUGACAAAGGCGAUGUGCUAAUUUCCUGCAGAGGUUCUGGCCAGCUUAUUCACUGUGAUACUGAAGCAAAUGUACUGAACCAGUUAACAUGUGAACCAAGAGAUCCAAGCUUCACUGGACAUUGGUUCAAGGAGAACAUUUCGAGGCAUGAUUUCUUCCAGAGGAAAAAAGGGCAGCGCCUGAGGCAGCAGACACGCUUUCUCAAAGGCCUCUAAGAAGGACAUGGAGGACCUGAAACCUCUUCAGGAAGGUGUCCCUUGUCGUAUUUGGUUUGUCCCUUCGUGCUUUAGCUAUUGUGGUUUCAAUGUGGUAGGGGAGCAGGAGUGUGCUCAAGGUUGCCUUUACUGGAGCUGUCUGUUUGAUUAGCGUGAAUGGGGAGAACUGACUUCUUUGUGACAUAUAUUAUACAGAAACAGCGUACAUCCUAUAAAUUCUAAACUAUGUCAUCUUAAGUCAAGUGGUUUCUGAUAGUUUUUUUUUUUGCGUGGAUGGUUUUGAUAGUUAUUAUAUAUUCCCAUACAUUAGGCACACACCCUGCAGACCCUAUAUGCUUGUUGUGUGCAUAUGUGUUGUUCUGGAUGUCUUUAUCGAAUAUGAAUGUAGUUUACACAAUGUACCUUUUGGUUCCCAAAUGAACAGGACCUGUGAUAUUUCAAAUUCCCAUAUCAUUGUAGAGUCAUUAAGUUAGGAAAGUGAUAUUGUCAGCUUCACGGGGGACAUGGUACGCUGUGCCUUAUGAGCACCACUAUGAGCGACACGUCCGCUUCAGCUUUGUGCCACCAUCCCGUGGGUCGCGCUGAGCUCUCGAUGGUUGAGUCGAUGCGAACCGACUCAGCCUGUUGUCUGUUUCAUCAUGACCGCCUAACGGGUCCGCUUGGGAAGGUGCCGUUUUGUACCCCGAGAGAUUUAGUGUAGCAACUGAAUGGUGUAGGCCAAUGUGGUGCCCUCCAGGCCUAUAUUAGGAGAGGACCAAGGCCGUAGCAAGAGGAUGGAUCUUUUUUUGUUAGACUCUUGGGAAAGCUAGCUCUAGAGACAAACUCAACUGAAGGUUAGAACUAGGAGAAGAGCAAGAGAGCUAUUGCGAGCAGUAGUUUGUAGCCACUCUUGUACACAGAUCAAGAAGAAGAGCAGGACGUAGACUGUUACACCUCGCGGUGGCUUUAACCUUGGUAAAAAUCUUGUGUCUUUGUCGUGAAUAUUGCUGAAGUGUGUUAUGCCUUGGUUGAACAACAAAAAGGGGAUUAACCUUAAUCCCUGAUGUCGACCAUCACACGUCGACAUCUAGCACGCCAGGUAGGGGGCAUGACUUCAGUUUCUUUGAACCCGAUUACCUCAGCCAUGUUCUUGCACGAAUCUCGAUGGCAACGUCAGCGACGCCAGUCAUCACCAGCGCGCAAGGGUCCUCUCGGCAUGGAUGACCACCCUAGUGCAUCGGGGAAGCCUAGUUGACUUCUCGCCGUAGGGUGACCGACAAAGGAACGGUCUAGGAGGUAGCAAUUAACCAUCCAUGUUCUCCUUCAACGCCCUUCCUUUACGAUGGUAGAGGAAUCCCCCAUGGGCGUUUGGCUCUGGGAGAUUGCAGGUUUGGUAGGCGUCGCCCACCACCAGUUCACAGUCAAAAGUGCCCGUCGUAAUUGAGAUGACGACCUCGACUCCCUGGGGGUGCAAGACCGUGGCGUGCAUCCGUUGAGGUGCUUCCGCACCCACUACGCGUCACCAGCUCAAUGUAUUGGCCCGAGAAGUAAACACCACGCUCCCAAGUAUCGACGCGUCCUGACAGCUCAAAUGCUUAGACAUCUCGAUCACAUUCAACCGUGAUGACCACCCCAGGAGCAUGAUGGGGUGGGACAACUUCCAUCGGUGGUCCCUCGAUGAUUUGCAACAUGAAGGUAACCAACAUGUUGGUGGAUGGAGGCGUGGGCCUCAACAUCUUCUCCCUUAACAUCUUCGAAAAGAUGCAAGUGCCCCCAGGGCGCCUGCGACCGACGAAGUCGUUUAGUGGCGUCACUCCAGGGGUCACGGUGCCGCUCAGGCACGUGUCCUUGAUGGUCACCUUCGGCACCAAAGAUAACUACCGGUCGGGAAGCAUCGUUUUCGACAUUGCCAAACUCAACUUCUCUUACAACGACAUCCUCGGGCUCCCGAUGCUUGUAAAGUUCAUGGCAGUAGCUCACUACACCUACCAGACGCUCAAAUUGCCCAGGCCUCAAGGCUUGAUCUCCAUACCGGCCGAUCUUCGGAGCUUCGUGCUCUAUGCGGAAAAGCUGUAUGUGACAGUGGCCGCUUCAGCCGACGACAUAAGGAUCGACCUGACUGCUCGGACCUGACCCAAAGAAAGUCUAGGCUUUCUUCUGACGGCGUUGCCAUAUUCAAGGAGACACCGCUCGGUGAAGAUCUAAAGAAACUACUAUUGACCUAACCUUAAUUACUAUAAAGUAGAUAAAAGUAAACGACAAUGUUCUUCUCUGCUUUUAUUGACAGGGUCGGCGCCUUUAUGUAAUAGACAAGACUUGGCCAACAAGCCUGAAUUCUAUUCAAACUCUAAUACAAUCUCUAAAUUGACUGGACUCUUUCCUAACAAAGAUGCUUAAUCAACUAUUACUCUAAUCAAGGGAUAAGACUCCACGUUUGAUGGGAUCGUCCACAUAACAUCUGUCCCUUAAAAAGUAGCUUGUCCGCAAGCUAUAGGUUGCCACUUGCCUUGGGUGCUACCAUAUGUGGAGCUAUCGAUCAUAGUUAUCAGCCUUGAUGAAGAAGAGCCGCACACGCCGGUGGCCCCGAACAUAAAUCUUGUUGCAGUUGAAGGCCUUGGCGAUGACGUUCUGCUAACUCGGUAGUAGUGAGGCACUGAACCUAUUGUGGUGGGGUUGGCUUUGGAGUGGUUGAUGACAAAACAUGUUAGUGGCGCUGGUGGGGAAGGUAUUAUAGCUGUGUUUAUCGCAGGAAGAUAGCAGGGGCACAAGAGCCCGGUAGGACCAGAAGGCUAGUGUGGUGACAUUGUUGGAGGGAAAUGCCUCUGAUCAUAGGCCUUGACGAAGGAGGUUGCGGUGUUGAGGUUAGAUGGUCGCUUAACCAUCGGGCACCCUGCUGUGUACAGAAACCAUUGUUGGGACAGUGUUCCCGGCUCAUUGUUGCGCCACAUGAGCGCUAGAAACUUGCUGGUCUAGUCGACAAUCGAGGAACUGAAUGGCAAACGUGCUAACUCGCUCAAAGGAUUUCGUGCGGAGUGAUGGCCCAAACCAAACAUGCAAGCUUCCUUGAGCUGCUCCCAUGUUGGCAUGCCGAAAUCGCGCUCGAGUUGUAAGUACAAGAACUGAGUGUCAUUGGUGAGGUGGUACGUUGCAGUCCAGACCUUGUCAGCUUCGGCCGUGCACUGUGAACGAAAGAAUUGCUCGCACCUAUGGAGCCAACUCAGAGGAUCGAUCGAACCAUCAUACGUAGGGAGGUCGAGCUUGUGGAAGUGAGGUACACGUGAACUGAAACCUGAGCCGAGGUGAUUGUUAGGUUGGAGCGAAAGGGAGCAGAUGGGCAGGGUGGAUCCACAGAUGGCUUGUGCAGGGGGCGCAACCAGCGACGUAUGAAAUCGGUUGGCAGGUGGAGACAUGAAGAUGGCAGAGGCGGUGGUGAAAAUCUUCUGCUGCUACUGCUUAUGGUAGGGCUGCUGUUGGUAGGUGGGUGG